AUGGAGAGGGGCAAUGAGAGAAAACUGCGCGAGGCCAGUCGCGUCGAUCAGGAAAAAUAUAAUUAUUUUUGUUCCCCAAGCUCUGUUGCAAUGUUCUUGUCUAAUUCGCUCACCCCGCCCUGGAGCGGACAACAGCGAAGCAGGCCGCUUCGCGUGUCAAGGACCGUCUCGGAGUCUGUGCUGGGAACAGACACGGGCUCGGGCUCCGACUGGGAAACGUCCACUGAGGACGCAGACAACGCCGAGUACGGGCCGUCUGCCAUCCCCAAACGGGUCUUCUCCUCGUCCUCAGAAGUGUCGAGCCGUCGCAACUCACUCAACACCGGCCUCAAGCGGCCCAGCGUGCCAGAACUGCUAAGUCUCGAGUCGCACUCUGUGCCUCCUUCGCCCAAUGCCAUGCCCGCACAAGACUCGCACAGUCCCAAACUGCACCCGGACGACCAGCUAGACCUGGCCGGUGCGCCGUCACCCAACCUGGUUUUUAAAAAGAUCGUCUCAAAGAAGAAGAUGGUGCCCAAGGCGAAAUCGUUCAAACGGGUGAUAAUCGACCUGGAAAACGAGUUCUCGCCGCUCGACACAGAAAUCCAGCACGAGUCGAUGGUCACGUCGGCGCUCAAGGACAAAUCGCGUGUUUUGUCGUCCCGAAUAGCCACGGCCUUGCUGGCGAGACCCUUUUCGCUCAACCAGGACAACCUGAAAAAAUUCGAGAUCAUCAACAGAGCCAACGAGCUGUGGAACCAGCGACCCGUGCCGCGCUCCCGCUCGAACUCGGCAGCCUCCACGGCGUCCGAUAUGACACCGCAGCCGGCUGCCCCGGCUCCACGCGUGAAACGGCUCCCUGACGAAGGGCCCCCGACCAGCUCGUUGAAACGCCGCGUCGUGUCCAUCGCACACUCGCCCCCGUCGCCGUUCUUCCCGCCCAGCCGCAAGAGCUCCAAACUCGUCCGCGCCGCCCCAGCAGACCCCGGAGUCCAUCACGCUUGA